AUGGAAGAAGAUAAAAUUAAAUACAUAAUAGUUAAAGUAUCUACUCAAAAGCCAAACUAUAAAAUAAAUAAUAAAUUCAACGAUGACAUUUAUUAUUAUUAAACUUAAAUAAAAGAACUGAAUGAGUAUAUCAAAACAAAUCUCUUAUUGGAUGUAAUGUUGACUAUGCUCUAGAUUAUCCUGGAAAUGCUAUAAUGA